GAGCACGUCACGCCGCUGAUACACCACAAGGACGAAAACGACAACACCAUGGAGGAGAUGUGGUGACCCAGCUCCUCCACUCCUCCGCAGCUGUGAAUAAGGCCAUUAUUGUUACUGUAGUGAUUGAAAACUACAACUGUAUUUUAUUAAAGAGACGACAUAACUCAUCACAUAUGGACCUUGACCUUGCUCGAGCUGGGGUCUUCUCUCCUUGUGCGUAGUUGAGCAUGAAGGAAACUGGAUCAGCUGCAAGUCUAAAAGCUGCCCAGGAAGCAGCAGCAAAAGUUAAUGCCAUGUUGGUGGCGUCAGGUCAGUUAAAGCUCUCUGAGCUGCACAAGAGCAGGACAAAGAACAACAAAUCAAAUGACCUCUUCAUUGAGGAGGUAGUCAUCAAUGAGGCUCCCAUGAGUGCCAGAAACUUCCUCACGCGGUCGUCCACGCAAGAGGAAAUUAGCAAGAUGUCAGGUGCCGCCGUGUCUACACGAGGCCGCUACAUGAACCCUGAAGAGCUUAAGAACCCGAGCAAGAAUUCGGGUGACCGUCCGUUGUAUCUACACAUUCAGGCUGUUAACCAGCAGGAUGUUAAAGUGGCUGUGGGACGAAUCAUGCACAUCAUCAUGGAACACAGUCACCGCAAGGGUCAUAACAUGCAACGACCCAGAGGACCAAGACCAAACCCCGCACCAGGCCUGAUGGGACCCAGGCCCAGUAGUGGUCCACGAGCCCCUCGCCCUAUGGUGUUUCGGCCACCAAGGCCUGACAUGUCGGCUCCGCCACCUCAGACACAACCUCCACCUCCGCUGUCAAAUAUAUUCAGGGAAAAGGUAUUCCUUCCUGUUAAUAUAGGCCUUAAUCCUACUGACAUCCGAGCUCGUCUGCUAGGAGAUAGUGGAAUGAAUCUCCGCUACAUUCAAGAAGAGACUGGGGUUGCCAUAUCUAUCCGUGGGAUUGGCUCUGGUUAUCAUGAACAUGGAACUGGCCAGGAGGCACAGGACUCUUUGCACUUUUACCUGGAGCAUGACAACCAAGACCAGUUCAACCAAGCCAAGGACCUGGUAGUAAAUUUGGCUCAGACUGUUAUUGCUGAGGUCCAACAGGAGUUGCAGCAACAACAACAACAACAUCAGCAGCAGCAACAACAACAACAACAUCAACAGCAGAUGCAGCAACCAGCUCCUCUGUUCUCCCAACCCCCACCUCAACAACCAGAUGUUACAGGUGGUGGUAUGGGACAACCCCAUAUGACUCCAGUCCAGGUGGCUCCACAUCAGCUUAAUGUACCACCAGCUCCUCCUCCACAGAUGGUACAUUCCCAGAUGGUUCCACCUCAGGUACCACCUCAUUCACAGAUGGUUCCCCCUCAUGUUGGCCAUCCUCAGAUGGCUGCUGCUCAAGUCCCCAUUCAAGGUCAGGUGGGUGGACCUCAAGUGAAUGCCAGCGUCAUGCAUACUGUGUUAGCUCCACACCUCCAGCCUGGUGGAGCAGCAGUGUCGCAAGAAGUCAUGUCACAGCAGGAGGUAAUACAGGCCACUGUUGUGUCCUUACCUCAACAGGUGGUGCACCUCACAGCACCCCCCGUUGUCUCAAGUGCUGCAGCAGUGGCAAACCAGCAGCUGGUGCACACAUCCUCUGGCACCCAACUAGUGACACUGCCUCCUGGCACACAAAUAAUUAACACUCCCGAAGGUCCUCGUUUGGUAGCCCUUGCGACUGGCACACAAGUUGCUGCUCCUGUAGCACCAGUACCUGCAAAUCAUCAGGCACACCCAAAUCCCAUGCAUGAUCCACAAGGAGUUCCCAAUCCCAUGGUGCAACAGCAGCAGGCCCCACAAUCUCUAUCAGUGUCUGUUGGAAACAAUCAUAUAGCCUUAAAUCAGACGCCAAUUCUCAGUGAUACUAUAGCCCCACCGUCAAGUAUGGCUAGAUCAAUGGGACUUAGCAAUUCAUAUCCAACUCCAUCUAUAUCAAAUACCAUCAGUACCUCGAGUUCACUUACUAGUGUGGCACCCCAUUGCCCUCCAGAAUCUUCUUUCCCACCUAAUGUAAAUGCUUCUAUACCCCCACCCAAUACUAGUAUGGGUCUUGGAGUGCCACCACCUGCAGCUGGACUUGGACUACCCCCAGCUGUGACAGCUCAUGCAGGAACAGUAUCUUUUGUGUUAACACCAGGAGUGAACACGAUGACCACCACUUCCGGGGUUGGUCUUCUUGUUCCACAAGAUCCUAAUGUUGCCUCAGGUCAGAUGCACAUGACACAGCCAGUGGUGGUCACGGGAGUGUUACCCACCUCACAGCAGCAGCAACAUCAGCCACAGCAUCCCCAUCAAGUGUCACAAGCAGGUGCUCACUCUUCUUACUUAGGCCCUGUACCUGCUCAAUCAUUAGCUCCUGGAUACUCUGUCAGUCAACCUUCCGUCGAGCAGCCAGUAAGCUCUGCGUACCUGCCAUCUGAUCAAGCAAAUCACGGCUAUAGUCAUGCUGGACCCCCAAUAACUAGUGCUUCUUCACACCAUUAUGCCCAGGUGCAACCACAACAACAAAGACCAAUAGGUGUGGGCUUUGCUCCUGUGGGUAUGACUGUCGGAGGGGAAGGUGGACCACCAACAAGGAUGGAUUACCCAGGACCAGGAGUAAUGCCUGGCCAUCUAUCAGUCAAUCACCUACAGCCACGCCACCAGGGACAGAAGCCUGAUCAACAACAACUACAUCCACCUGGUAAUUAUUACACCAACCGGCCUAAUCACCAGGAACAUAGACCAGUGUCUCUGGAACAGCAAUGGCAGCAAUUUCAACAGCAAGUGAAAAUGGAGGGUGGACAGCAGCAGUAUGACCCUUACUCUGCAACUGACGAGGGUGAACACCAAGACGCUGGAAGACAACCACAGGGAACUCAUUCAAAUUUAUCAAAUUCACAGCAGCAGCCGCCUACUUCACAAUCACAGUCACAGCAGCAGUCAUCUCAGUUACCAGUACAACAGCCACCUCAGCCAUAUGGUAACUUUGGAGACCAACCAAAUCAACAGCAGCAGCAGCCACAGCAGCCAGCAGAUACCAGGGAAGGUGAAAAUCGAUCUCCUGGAAGUCUUAUGAAGGUAGAGUCAAAGCCCACAGGAGGAGCAAGUCCCCAUAAUUCUUACACAUAUUAUUAUAGUGGACAACAUGGCUCAGGAGGCCCAGGACAGAGGACUGGACCACCAUCCCCUGAGAGACCAGAGCACCUUACCCAGCAGGCCCAGAAUGAUCACAGGUAUCAGGCACAGCAAGGCAACAACCACUCUGAAGUCCCACAGUCAUCACCUAAUCAACAACAGAGGGGAUCUUCCCCUCAAGGACAAAAUACACAAGGGCAGACUCAGCCAGGACAGCCUCAGCAACAGUUCCACCAAGGACAGUAUCAGGGACAACUACACCUGCAGCAGGACCAAUCUUCUCAGAAGAAUCCUGAAGGAGGACUGCAAGAGGAACAGUAUCAAACAAACAAACCAGUAGAAGUACAAACUACCAUGUAUCAACAAGUGGGUCAUCAGCCAACUCCAUAUCAGCAGGGACCACCCCAGGAGGGACUUUCUAAGUUAGUUGCUACCUCUGACCCACAUUAUCUGCCGGGUGCACCUCAGCACAACCCAUCCCAACAAGGACCCAUUCAUCAAGGACCUCCUCAACAAAUGCCCCCACAGCAGGUGCUGCCUCAACAAGGUCUGCCAGACGGACAGUAUCCACAAGGACCACCACCUCUUCAGCAACCACAACAAAACCAGCAGUACCCUCCAGGCCAGUAUCCUCCUGGUGGGCAGUAUCCCUGGGCUCAGUAUCCACAACCAAAUAAUGGCCUUGGACCAUUUCCUACUGGUCCUGCAACAUUUGGGAAUGGACAUGGGCCAUACCCCAAUGGCCCAGGCCCCUUUAAUGGGCCAGGUGGACCAAGUGUUUCCACUCCAUAUACUCCUCUAGGGCCAGGGGGAUCUGGGCCUUAUCAGAGUGGAACAAAUGGACAAAGCCCAUACCCUGCUGGACCAAAUGGACCAGGUGCAAUAAACUCGUACCCAAGUGGUCCAAGCCCUGCUGAUGACAGACAGUCAAUCCUCCAGGACAAGAAAGCAGAACCAGGGGUGGCCAGAGAUAUGACUGCAUCCCUGCUGAUGCCACCACCACCCCCUCCCCCUCCGGCCGAGGCCCUGCAGGGUGCUGGGGGAACCGCAAGAGGGCGGGAGGAGACCCCAGAGCCCGGCAUGAAGAGACAAAGAUCAUGUAGCCCGCAAGAUGAAAGGAAGGCAGCUCGAAGAUCUAGUGGAGAUGCAGAUGAUUCAGCAGCACAUGAAGGCAAUGGGGCUGCCAGACCAAGUGGACCAGAUCCCGCUGGACCAGAAGGUUCUUGUGGACCAUUCUCAGGCCACGGAAACUUUCAGGGAGGACCAGGCAGUUUUCCAGGUGGUGGAGCCAAUUUCUCGGGUGCUCCAGGUGGAUUCCCCAGUGGUCCUGGAUCUUAUAUGGGUCCAGGAGGACCCUGGGGUUGGGGACCAAUGCCUGGACCAUAUUCUGGAUUGCCAAUAGGACCAAACCCUUUCAACAGACCUCCAGGAAGUGGUAUGGCUAACCCACAGACUCCCUACAACAGAAGUUUACGAGAUCGACCUGACGGGGAAGAUGGAGGUGGUGGGAGUCGACGAGGUGGACGGGGAGGUGGAGGAAGAGGGGGUUUUAGCAUGGGGGGGCGGGGUGGAAGAGACCGUCGCUGGUGAGCUCACAAUAGUAUCAGACCCUUGAUUUUUGUCUGUAUAUAUAGAGUGAAUUAUUGCCGCUUCUGUUUCUUUAAUUUAUAUGAAACAAUCACAUUACAGUUAAAUGUACUUUCCACUAGACUUAUUUAAUAAUCAGUAUUUUCUUUAUGACUUGGUUUGAAAUGAUUAGAUACAAUAAUAAUCUUUUAUUUUUAAACUGGAAUGAAUUAAAUUAAUUAAAAAAAAGUUAGGAUGUGUCAGAUAUUACUAUGAUUCGAGACAAUAAUCGCAUUUGAAGAGAAUGGAGCUUGUGUUUUUUAUAUAUAUAUAUAUAUAU